UUUUAAAAUUCAAAAUAUAAUGUAAGAAAACAUUUUAUUUUUUUAUUAUAUGGUUAAUGUGGUUGUUUAAUAUCUUUUAAUAAUAAAAAAAUAAACAAAAAAGAACUAAGAUACAAAAUUAUUAUCAAAUAUUUAUUAUUCAUAAUCAUUAAUUAUCAUAUAUACGUUAAUCAUAUUAGGUAAUUCCGUAGUUUUUAUUUAAGAAAAGUACGAGAAUAUUACUUUGUGCACUAUUUAUCAAUUUAAUAGUUAGUUUAAUAAAAAGUAUAAUAUAAGUUAAGAUGGAGCAACCUAUUUCUCUAACAAUUCUGAAUUUCAUUCUCAUGGUGACACGAGGUUACAAAACAAUGUGGUAAUGUUUCUCAAUUAAUAUAUAAGGGAUAUAUUUCCACUGAAAUGCAUUUAUAUAUAAUUAUUAUUUUAACACUGGUUAAUUAUGAUAUUACAAACUAUAAGAAACAUUAUAUAGAUGAUACUAAAGCCAACAAUUCUAUCCGAGGAUUCUUGUCUGACUGCAUCACUUUAAGCUGCUCUAUGAGAUCCAUUACCGACGGCACUCCUUAUCAUGCCGAAGAUCUCUUGUAAGUUUUUUUCUCUAAUAUUCUGCAUAAUUCGCAUUCUGCAUUUUUAUAUAAUUAAUUAAAAUUUUAUUAUUAUUUAUUAAAAUAUUAAAUAAGAGACUGAUUUAAUAAAAAUGAAUAAAAUAAGUUAAUAGGUUUAGCAUUUCUAGACUAAAAACAAAAUUCAGGAAACAAAUUUUUCCAAGAAUAAUAUUUUGGUGCACAAUCUUUAUAUUCCUUUUAUUUCUAAAUAUUUAGGUGACUAAUGAUUAGCAUAUAAAAAGUUUCCUUUGAAAAUAACAAUAUACUAACUCAUUUUCUUGCUUUCUAUAAAUUUCCUGAUUAUCUAUAAUUGAUUGUUAAAGAUUAUAUUCCUCAUAUACAUAUUACAGUAUUACAGCUGGUGUGUCAGUGAAAUAAAAAAAAUACUUGUAUCAGGUGCAAAAGAAAAAUAUUUUUUCUUGUUUAUGACACUUUUCUUUCCAAAUAAAUAAAUAUACAUGAUGUGAGUUGGCAGAUUUAUUUAUUUUUUUAUUGUGUAAAAUUCCACUGUUGGAAAUAUUCAUAUUAUUUCUCUGGUCAUGAUAUGCUGUGUAAAUAUGUUGAAAAAAAUAAUAUAUAUAUGUGUAAGUGUGGCGACAAUGCAUUAAAAAUAAUUGGUACUACUGCGGGCGACUCGAAAAAAAAAACUCAAGAGUUAUGUGUGCUUGAACAGAUAUUUCGUCUCGUUCGGAUAUUCUGAAUCCAUUGUUUCAUCGGCUUUUAAGUUAACUUAGCUUUCAGAUUAAUUCUUCAAAAGACACUCUCUUUAGAGCCAUGAAUUUAAUGGGAUUACCUAGUAGUGCAAAUCAGGGGACAACAUUUCGACCAAAGAAGAGGAAGACACCUCCAUCUGGGAGCAAGGGUUCUCAGCUUGAAGAGCUCAUCACAACCACUCUUGGAAGUGGUAACCUCAGAGAGGCCGUGAAACUACCUCCUGGUGAAGACAUUAACGAGUGGUUGGCCAUUAACACCGUAGAUUUCUACAACCACGUGAACCUUUUGUACCCUACUCUCCAAGAGUUCUGCACCCCCGACACUUGCCCAAUCAUGAAUGCUGGAUUGUAUGAGUAUAGAUGGGCAGAUGGAGUUGCUGUAAAGGAGCCAAUAAGGGUUUCUGCUCCUGAAUACGUUGAGUAUCUCAUGAACUGGAUUGAAACUCAGAUCGAUAACGAAACCAUCUUUCCGCAAAAACCUGGAGUGCCAUUCCCACCAAACUUUAAGGAUGUCGUGAAGCAGAUUUUGAAGAGGAUGUUUCGUGUUUAUGCACACAUCUAUCACUGUCACUUCAAGAAGGUUGUUGGUCUCAAGGAAGAAGCUCAUCUCAACACUUGCUUCAAGCAUUUUGUUCUCUUUACAUCUGAGUACCAGUUGAUCGAUGAAGCAAACUUGGCUCCACUUAAGGACCUCGUGGAUAAGAUUCUGAACCCAUAGAAAAUGGUGACAUAUCUAUCCAAAAGAAGUUUAUGGUUUCAUGUUUUUACAAAAUGAGUUGAUGUAACAUUAAACUAUCUUGUGAUGUUUUUCAAACUCUCUUUUCUUUUUUGUCAAGUUCAAAUUCUCAAUCAAUAAAUCUAUCAACAUAUAUAUGAAAAUGUUGAAAACAAAGUCUAGUUCCUUCAUUACAAUUUCCACCAAGGAUUAUAAAGACACCCAAACAAACAAACAAAUACAUGAUUGACUAAAACAAAGAUACUCUCUUCCCCUCUGUGGACAAGACAGCAUCAACACACACCUAAGCCUUUCUAUGACAAAACAAAUAACCCCUGUGAGUUGCCAUAACUACAGGGAUGCAAA